UGAACCCAGAACUGGUCAGCACUGUUCUUUCUGGGUUUUCUCUGGGUACUCAGGCUUCCUCCCACAGUCUAAAGAAAUGUACCUUAGGUUAAUUGGAGACUGUGAAUUUCACAGAAGGCGUGAAUGUAAGUGUGAAGGGUUUUUUUUCUUUCUGUACAGCUGUUUUCGGACAUGAACUCCGUACCAUGGCUGCAAAUUUGCACCUGAGAAUUCCCCCGGAGUUUGCUGUCCACACGUGACAAACGCAGAGGAAGGUUUGGCCAAGUCAGAAGCAUUCACAAACCCGUGGAUAAUCUCUGGAGCAUUCUCUGGCAUCUGGGCAGAGCGGGAGUCGGCUCUGAUAACGCCGCUGCAGAAAGCAGUGUAUUCUCACAUUGUCACAGUGUAUUCUCACAUGGGCUCACUCGGACAUUCUCCGGAGAUUAUGCGAUGGGACUGGCAGGAGAAAGUCAUUCGCGCUCUCGCGUACAGUACAGUUCCCCCCCGGAAAAAAGUUCAGGACAAUGUCUGGAGUUCAGUGAAGGUCUGAGAGCAGCUUAUGUUGCAGUAGACUGGGUGAUCCGUCCAGGGGUGUACCCCGCCUCGCGCCCCGAUGUCAGUUGGAGUUGGCUCCAGCUCUCUGCAACCCCUCAAAGGAUAAGUGGUAUAGAUAACGGAUGGAUGGAUUUCCCCAGAUUUGGAUUUCGCUGGAAAGAAACGUUGUCACGAAAAAGGAUGGCAGCAAACUCUGACGUUUGAGCUGAAAAAUAACACGAAGUCCAGAACAGGCCCAGGUGGAGGCAGAUCACCCAAUGCCGCAUGCCCCUCCGGGGACAAAGAGGACUUAGAUAAGUUAUGACCAAUAGGUGACGCGCAUUACACUUUUGUGGCCUUUUUGCAUUGGUAAAGGUUGAGAUACUUUGACUUAACACUUCAUACUGAUCUCAAUUUUCAAAACAGAAUCUGAACUAUCCAUUAUACUCUUGUCUCCUUGACUCUUUAUUAGCGGGACAGUGGCACUUCUGUCAGUGCGCUGUGGAAAUGACGAGCAUGUCGUGCCGUCGCUACACAAGAACCUCUGCCCCUCCGAUCGGAAUCUUUCUGCUGGGAGUUGCAGUCUGGUACGGACGGAAGACGUAACUGUGGUUAUUGAGAUCAAAUUAAAGAGGUAUCAAACACUGGACAACAGAUAUUUGAUCAGCACACGGCGGGCACUGAGCGGUCUAAGGCGACACGAUAACUCUUGACCCGCAGACCCCGUCCAGGAUUAAGAUGACUCAUGAGAGGAGGUUUCAAGGAAUCCCCAUGUCAAAGUCAAUGAGAGGUUUGUGUAGAGAGGAGGACUAUGUGUUUCUGGGAAUGUCAGAAAAAAACACAGAGGAAACGGAAGAAGGCGCUUUCAAGGACGACAGCGGAGGUCAGAGGGAAGAAAGGGUCCGCCGGCAGCUGGAGAGAGAACAGCAGGAAAAAGAGAGACUCAGAGAAAUAGAGGAGAGUAAGAAGGAGAAAGAGCAGCAGUGGCGCACUCACGUAGCCGAGCGGGCCUCCAGCCAGGAGAGGACUCUGCCAGACAGACUGGCAAGACUCAGACGAUUCAGGGAGUUUCAGAGGAAGGUGCUGGUGGAGGAGUCGGGGACGGCGGGCGGGGCGGCCGCAAUAAGCCAACUUCUCACCAGGAUGUAGACGCACCGUACGGGAGAGCGUCUCCUUGAUUAAUGUGUCCUGUGAUAGAUGUUAACAUGAAUAAAUCGUCUGACUGAAAUGACAGGAUUAUGGAAGGCAGGAUUUUCCCAGGGAGCCAGCAGCUACAGGACCUACAGAACGAAAACAAAUCUAACUUUGAGAUGUGAAAAACAAAAAUACUAAUAAACACUAAAUUUCAAACUGUGCAGCAGGUACAGACGGAUACUAUAUCGUUUCCCAAUGUACACAGCAGAUAAAAUAUUCCAAGCCUAUGAUGUCCUUGAAAAGCUUCUCGAAAGAACAGUUAAAAUGACUGUGGAAGUACGUUUGUCGGCUUCUUUGCUGAGAAUUAAAUGAGAAGAUCGACACCACUCUCACAUCAUUUCUGCAUUAAUUAUGGACAAAUAGCGCAGGGAGGAGACCAGCACGUAGUUUCCCAUCAAACCAGAACUUUCCAAUUUUUUUUACAUGUUUUGUUCAGAUUAAACAAACGAGAUACAAAUUGUAAAGAUGUGAGUUUAAGGGUGAGUCAGAUCUGCGAUUUCUAAUCAAUCUCAACUUUUGGCAAAAAAGUGAAUAAGUGUAGUCCCCAAAUUGUUGAAUAUUUACUUAAGAACUUCAAGUGAAAACCCUUAAUGUUGUCUGUUAAUAAUAUAACUUGAUAUAUUUCUGCAUUUUGCUAAAUAAAGUUAUAGAGCUACAUUAUAAAGAGGA